AGUUCCAUUGAGGCUGUCAUUUGUUGUUCGUUGAUUGAAGCCAGUAAAAACUUGCAAAAUGUUCCGUUCAACUGCCGUUCGUGGACUUUCCCUGCUCAGGACCGCAGUGCAAGCCAACAAACCCUCUGUGGCCGCCUCCACAAGGUUUAUGUCCAAGCACAGCACCGAAUCCGACGAUCAAUUCGACGCCAGAUACGAGAACUUCUUCAACAGGAAAGACAUCGACGGUUGGGAAAUCAGACAAGGAAUCAACGACUUGUGGGGUCACGAUUUGGUCCCUGAACCCAAAAUCCUCAUUGCCGCCUUGAAAGCCUGCAGACGCGUCAACGACUUCGCUUUGGCCGUCAGGAUUUUGGAGGCAUUGAAGGACAAGUGCGGUAGCAAAGUUAACGAAAUCUACCCCUACAUCUUGCAGGAAAUUAAACCUACAUUGACUGAAUUGGGUAUCAGCACACCUGAGGAAUUAGGAUAUGACAAGCCCGAGCUAGCCCUUAAAUCAGUUUACGAAAUGUAAAUGUAGAAAAAUUGUUAACUCUAAUGUAUUAGUCAUACUUCCUUAAUAAAUACACAUAUUUAAUUUUGUUUUUAA